GGUCGCUGCGCAUCUCAGUAAACUGCAGUCAAUUGCGACGAAAACUCUGAAAAUAACUACGUUUCCGCGAUGCAUUUGAGCUCUAUGUGGCUGAUUGCCCUACUGGCCGUGGGAACUUCCGUGGCCCUGCCCGCCGGAGAGGAUGCCCAGGCAGAGACCAUUAAAAUGGAAAGCGAGAAUACCGGAGACAAAUAUUCUUUUGCCUAUGAAACCAGCAAUGGAAUCUCGCGCUCGGAGACUGGAGAGGUAAAGCCCGGCGCCGGAGAAGAUGAUGGAUCCCUUUCUGUCCAAGGAACAACUAGUUGGUCAGCUCCCGAUGGCAAAAAGUACGAGAUUAGCUUCACUGCCGAUGAAACCGGCUAUCAUCCCAAGUUCAGGCUAGUGACAUAGGCGCUAGAUUUAUUACAAUAAAAAUGUUGUUUUUAAAUUAAAUAAUACUUUUUUUAAUUUGAAAAAUGUAUCUAUGUAAUAUAAUUGUAAAUACUAUGAAUAAAAGCAUAAAAAACUUAAAAAGAAUCCAGAUCGUUAGGAAUAUUUUAUCGAUUUCGUUCCUGACGUCACUGACUUUAAAGAUAUAUAAUAAUAUAAUAGCGAAACAAGAAGAUAUAAAUUUGAAUAAUGAAAUAUUUAUGGGUGCGAUUCUUUUCGAGUCAAGUUUUGGGCCUAAUUUUAAUUUACAUAUUGUAUUAGGCCUAAAAUGGUCCAACUUGUGAACGAAAACGAAACCCAAACCAGACAUUUCACAUUAACAUUGACUUUGCUGAUUAUGUUUUGUACACGUUUGACUAGUUUGGCCCGCUUUGAAUAAACUCAGGCCGUCUUCCAUCUAUAAAAGAGUUUACAUGAACUUCGAUCAGUACCAUUCUUCGCGAACUGUUCGAGAACCGCAGAUCAACACAACCCAAAAAAAAUCACCAUGAAAUUCCUGAUUGUCUUCGUCGCCCUCUUCGCCCUGGCCGUGGCCGCCCCCCC